UGAACAUGGGCUGAUGUGAAUUCGAAAGGCCACCAUUUUAACAUCUGCUACUAGAAAUUGGGCCAACUGCUGAUUUGAGAAAAUGGAUAACGACAUGUAUCCAUUCUGGAUUUUGUCACCUACUCGAUGCAGAGGUUUUAGGGUUUAACACAUUCACCCACCAGAAAAAGUUGAUUCAGAAAAUGGGGAAACCUUAGUCACUGUUGGCUUAAACCCUAAAAGGAAAAGGAAAAAGAAAAAGAAAGAAAAUGGAGCUUCAAUCAGUCUGUCAUGGCUUGACAGCUCCAAAACUUAGAUUAACUCAUCGCCUCUCGAGUCAUCAGCAUCAAACUGUUUCUCUGAAGAUUGGAAUUGCCUCAAAAUCAUAUUUAUCAAGCUCGAACAAAAGAGUUACAAUUCGUGCUUCUAGCUCUAAUUCCAGUAGAAACACAAAUUUGGAACUUUCUGAUAGAGAAGGUACUGGUGUGCCUGAUGCUAGUUUUAAUGAGCUGGAGCCAUUUAGGGGUAAAUCAGGUUCCAUUUCAUUUUAUGGAUUGACUCACCAGUCUGUGGAAGCUGGAAAAUUGGUGUCAGCUCCUUUCAAUGGAGAAGACAACGGAUCAUUUCUUUGGAUUUUGGGACCGGCUGCCCUUAUAGCAUCACUGUUUAUUCCCCAGUUCUUCAUUUCAAAUGUGAUUGAGGCUUUCCUCAAGGAUGAGAUUCUUGUAGAAAUCGUGGCAUCGUUGUCCUCAGAGGCAAUGUUUUACAUUGGUCUUUCAAUAUUCCUGCUUGUAACUGAUCGAGUUCAGCGGCCAUUUCUGCAAUUUAGCCCAAAAAGGUGGGGUCUCAUUACAGGCCUUAAAGGAUACUUGACAUCUGCCUUCUUUAUCAUGGGCUUUAAAGUCAUAGCCCCUCUUUUCAUUGUGUAUGCAACCUGGCCUGUGCUUCGCUUGCCUGCCUUGGUUGCUGUCCUUCCUUUCUUAGUUGGUUGCAUUGCUCAACGAGUUUUUGAAAUUCGUCUGGACCAGCUAGGGUCAUCUUGCUGGCCUAUAGUCCCCAUUAUUUUCGAGGUUUACAGAAUAUAUCAACUAUCCAAAGCUGCUCAUUUUAUUGAGAAAUUGAUGUUCUCCAUGCGGGGGCUUCCCGAAUCUGCACAGUUGUUGGAAAGAAACAAUGCUUUGAUUGCUAUGAUAGUUACCUUCCAAUUCCUUGGUGUACUUUGCCUCUGGUCACUGUUGACCUUUUUCUUAAGGCUCUUUCCUUCUAGACCUGUAGCUGAGAACUAUUGAUGUUUGUAAUUGUCAACUUGUUUUAUGUUCUGCUCCAUGGUUUCAUGCUCA